CUUCUUUUGAUUUGCAGUGUCUAUCACAUUAAGGAAUGAAGAUCAAAUUGGUUCGCCGUAUCAAAAAGUUGCUUUCGUAUUCAGAAUGCAGCACUUCUACAAACCACCAAACCUGUUUGGACGUGCGUGAGGAAUAUGCCAACGCGUUUCGUACGGAAUCAUACACUGAGUUCUGGACACGUGUCCUUGCCUACUCCAAGAAUGAAUCAACUUCUUGUUUGUCAAGAGACUCCACCACUUCGGCGCGUCUCCCCUCUUACCGUUUGUUCGCAGAGCAUCUAUUGGACCCGGAUCAGCCCACGGUUAUUCGGGCCUUAUCGGUGGCCCAAUGCAGGCCCAAGGUCCACUCUUUAUUGUCAGACUAUUUUGCACACACUGCCCAUGCUUCUCUUGUCUGUAGCCACCUACUACGAGACAUUGAUCGCCUGCGUCUCAAGUAUUCAUCACUCAAAACCAUUCUUCAGUGCCUUCCAUCUAACCAAAUCCCUUCACCAAUGGUAAUAACCCGUUUAACCGAAUUUUCAAACUUUUCUAACCCGUUUGCCGCGUCGGGUCUGGUUCGGGCCACCCAGUGUCGGUGCUCCGACUUGCAAAAGCGACUCGAGUCGAGCCGCGACAAGGCGCGAACCAAGGUUCAAUUAGCUGCGAAAAUAAAAUGUGGCUCGGCUUGUCUAGUUGCAGCUAUAACGGCUUCACUUGUUGUUCUUAUAAUGUCUCAUGGCUUUGCAUUGAUUGUGGCUAUGCCUGGGUUGGCUUCGAUGAAUCUGGGUUCAGAAAGGAAGAUGGGUUCGGUGACAGCUCGGCUGAACGCAGCUGCAAAAGGAAGUUAUAUAGUGAAUAAGGACUUGGAGACGACGGAUCGGCUUGUGGGUCGGGUAAAUGAUGAGCUGGAGCACAUGAGGAGGACGGUGAGAUUUUGGCUUGAGAGGAAGGAUGAUAAAGUUCAGGCCGAUGGUGGAGUUGUGCGGUUGUUGAAGAAGAACCAAUGUAGCUUUAGUGAGCAAUUGGAUGAGUUGGAAGAACAUUUGUAUUUGUGUUUCAUGACUAUUAAUAGGGCUAGAGAACUUGUGCUUAGUCAAAUUAGUAAUUUAACUUGAUUCAUCGUCAAAGUGUCAUAUAAUGAAUAUGUGAUAAACUAUUUACCUUUAGGUUUGACAUAGUGAUGGUGUAAAAAGUAGUGAUUUGUGUUAAUUAAUUAUUUUA